AUGCAUGCACUGCUGUUUGAAAGUCAUGGGACAUUAUACAAGUACUGUACCCCUGCUAUGGGAUCAAUCGGCGCCGUACUUGGUCGUCUGAAUCCCUUCGCAUAUCGCCACGCGGGAGACAAAGGCCUGGACGAGCAGAUCACAUACAACGAAGCUAAAGAUACGCAAAUAUCGACCGCCGACGCGAAAGAUCACCCGCCACCCGCCCAAGCAACCGGAAUCUUGUUGGAGCACGGCGACGGUGACUUGCCGCAGCAUCUCUUGCCUCGCGACAGAGCGGCUCGUCUAUACCAGGAAACCCGCAAGAGCUAUGCCGACCUUCUCCGUUCACGACACUCGGCUCUGAAGACCCAUGCGGAAGUCCAGAUUUCCUUGCGACGAUACCUCCAGCUACGUUCCUCUGUUCGCGACUCACAGCGUGAGUUAUGUCAAGCCUUGAAAAUCGCCCAGGCUGAGGGCAGCUGGGCGCGAUUGUCUGAUCAGCUGUGCGAGAAGAGCGAGCUGCUGGAGGCUGAUUUCGGUACUCUCGAAGCCCAUGUCGCGCGACUGCAGACCUGUCAGGGUCGAUUGGCAAACCUGGAAUUCACCGUGCGGGAACGUGAAAACGACCUUUUCAGUGCUCUGGAAUCUCUCGCACGCGCAAUUGGGGUCAUCAAUGAGCCUGAUUAUGGCGAGACGUGGUUCAUGGAAGGCAUAGACGGGAAAUCCCGGUCUACGGAAUCGACUCAUCUCAAUCCGCUGCUCGAGACCUACUAUGACAAAGCCGGCGAUGCAGGCUUGUUGCGGGAUAUGUUGGUUGGGCUUGAUUACGACUAUCUCGAAGCCAAAGCACGUCGCAACAUUUUGCUGCUGGAUCAGGAUCGUGCACUUAGUUGUUCUGACAGUCAUAUCGAUCAAGAAUAUCGUCAUCAGAGAGCAGGAAUAGUCGACGAGCUUGAGGCCGCGACACGAGAGGCCGAAGAAGCAAAGAAGUCCUGUUUGGAUGCUGGCCUGCAGCCAGAGCCCAGCCAGUGUUCGCUGCCAGAGCGUGAUCUCGUGGCAAAAGAAUCUCGCGCCGCCCUCUAG